UGCUUUGUAUUUGUAUCGUCGAAAAAAAUAAGAGAGGAGCCAUUUCCACAAUUUUAGGACGGUAAUAUUUACAGAUAUUUCUAAUGUUUAUCAUCUGACAAUUCUAGUUAAUGAAUAGUUACUGAGUUCCUUAUCAUCUUCGAUAAUCAGAUACAUUAAUUUUAAGAUGGAGAACAAAAUAGUUGUUGUGGAAAAGGAAAACCAAAAAUCAGAAGCUGAGCCUAAAAAAAGUCCCCCGAUCGACUCAACAGCCACUGACGAUUUAUCAAAGGAAGAGAAAAUUUCACCAGAACAAGAAGCAGAGGCGAAGUUAAGGUCUAAAUAUGGAAAUAUGAGGAAACCGGGAGGAUCUGAACUGUUGAAAAAAAGAUUACAGCGAGGUAACAAGUUUUUUGACUCUGGUGACUACAUGAUGGCCAAACAGAACCAGCAGAAAGUGAAGCCUGGAAGGCGACUGCAACCUGAGCUAGUGGUUGGAGGGAUGAUCCCCACACCUGCAUUACUUCCCCAACGCAAACCGUCCGGCGGCAAGAGCAAGUUGGCUGCAUUAGACCAUUAGACUUGAAAUGAGGUGACAUCCCAGUCAGACCACACCCUUGCUAUAAAAUAAAACCAUACAAGGGGAAGAAUUCAAUGUUUUUAUCAAAUAUGAAAUAUAAACAGUGUACUCAUAGAAAAAUCUUAUUUUGAGAGACAAUUAAAUUCAACCUUAGGCUCUGUCUACACUAUUGAUGUGACAAGUUUGUGUGAUGUGACCAAAUAUGGACAUUAUGAUGUCAUAUUACACCCAAAUAUGGGCACAUGAAUUUGAUAGUGUGGACAUAGCUUUAGCUUGAUUCGCAUCCAAAUUUAUGUGUCAAAUAUUUGUUUGAUAUGAUAACAUGCCGAUGGGUACGUCACAAAUAUUUGUCACAGAAAACCUGAAGUGUGGAUAUAGCAUAAAGUAGAGUUUCAAAUGAUCAUUGAAGCUACAGCAUAAUCAAGUUUGUCUCUACAGAUGUUUUGUACAGUUUAACUAGAUUGAUCAGUUCUUGUCAAGACAUUGAAGGAGUACUACCAAGUUUUACCUUUUUUAGAAUUGAUUAUUUCCAAGAAGGAAUUUAUACACUUCUUUGCUAUUUAAUUCAGCACGACAAUCAUUUUUUUAUGCUACAGUAUAAAAACCAGCAUUAUUGGCACACAGAACUGGUUGGAAUACCAGUACAAACUUUGUAUAUUUUGACAUUUUCAAAUGUAAAAGUGUAAUAUAAAAAAAGAUAGAAGAAAAAGAUCAUACUAAAACAUUGCUUCAUUUUGUUUUUUGCAUCCCAUAACAAAUUUAAGCAUGAUUAAGUUUGGUUUCAACACCCACCCAUUGGUGUAUAAAAUUCACCAAACACAGAAGGGUAACACAUAGUGGGCCUGUAUAAAUAUAAUUUCCUGAAUACCAAAGCCCAGAUUAAGUGUGUGAAACAUAUGAAACUAUAAGCCACCAAUGAAUAUUUUGUACUACCAUUUGGAGCAGACUCUCCACUGUGUGUGGCCGGGUCCAAAUUCCACUCCAUGUAAAGCCACAUUUACACUAGACACGAUGACGACAUAUCAUCGCAUACUUUCUAUUCUUCAACACUGCACGCAUCUGUAUCUUCUUGUCGUGUCAUAAUCGUGUCUAGUGUAAAUGGGGGCUUAAGAAUGUAAUGUUUUGAAAAAUUAUAAAACCAAUGAUUUGCGCUCCGAUACUUUGGGGCGUUAUAUGACAUGAUGAUUUUCAAAGUCUCAUUUACUUAAUUCCAAAUUUCUUCAAUUUUAUAUAUUUGUCCAUGUCAUAUUUUAUUUGUUCUCUAACUUUGCUUAUCAUUCAUGUAAAGUUAGAGAACAAAUAUAUAACAUUUUAUUUGUUCUCUAACUUUGCUUAUUAUUCAUGUAAAUUUUCCUUCUUAAAGAGUAGCAGAUUCUCCAUCCUACUUGGAACCAGUUAUACACUAUUAGGUUUUUUUUUUCAAAACAUUGCUUGUACUGUAUACUAAGCUAAUUAUUAAUUUUAUGCAUUUAUUGUCACAAUUUUUUACACAUGCGACAGUUUAAACAGUAUCAGAGAUUUUGUAACAAGAUAUUGGUACUGUUUAGGCCAAGGCAGUUGCAGUAGCUUUGAUUAUAUAUUCCAAGUGUAAAGCUUUCCUCGCCAUACGUUAUGGGGCUUGAUUUGCAUAAUGUAUGGCGUAUGUGACUGAAUGCACAAAAUGUUAAAACAGUAAAAAUUCUUAAAUGCAGUUGUAUUUUGUUGCAGGGGAAAUGCUGACAUUAAUAUUCAGAUUCUUUUCAGUAUAGUGUGCUAGAAUUAUGACAUUAUUACACUGGCACCCACAUCUCCCCUUAAGUUUGAUAGGUCCAGAUUGUCAACGUCCACAUAAUCCUUUUAUUCAAUUGGACGAUUUUGAGCAUAGAUGCAGAAGUUCACUUGUAUAUAGCAGAAAUAAAUAACUCUGGAAAAUAA